CUCUCGACCCGCCUCGCAGAAAAGCGCGAGCCAUUGCGUUGACGUCAGAGCGAUGAUGAUGAUUGGAUUCCGCGCGGCGAGUCUAGUGCGCGUGAAGCGGCUCUUGUGAACCUCAGUAUGUCGAUGCCUUAAUAACAAGUGUUCAAUUUACGCGCCACUUCCAGGAACAAGAGGAAAAAGCAAACCCAUGAGAUGGUAGAAUAAAUCAUAAAGUAAUGGAAUUAGCUAAAAUGGGUAUGAUUCACCUCCAAAACCCCGGCCACCCCACAACGCUCCUGCAGAAGGCCAACCAAAUGCGGCUCUCUGGGACAUUGUGUGAUGUGGUCAUCAUGGUCGACAGCCAGGAGUUUCAUGCCCACAGAACCGUGCUUGCAUGUGCAAGUAAAAUGUUUGAGAUUCUGUUCCACCGCAACAGCCAACAUUACACUCUGGACUUCCUCUCACCAAAGACCUUCCAGCAGAUUCUGGAGUACGCUUACACCGCCACGCUCCAAGCCAAGCUGGAGGACUUAGACGACCUGCUAUACGCAGCAGAGAUUCUAGAGAUUGAAUACUUAGAAGAGCAAUGUCUGAAGAUCUUGGAAACCAUCCAGGUGUCCGAAGAAAACGACGCAGACGUGAAUAUGAACGAGAACGGCACUGAUGAUGUCGACGAACGUAGGAUCAAGUACCUUAAGAGUACAUUUAUUUCUAAAAAGCAUUCCGUACCGGAUGGCGGCUAUGGGUCCGCCGCCCGCCAUCGCCUGGCCCUGGUCAGCAUGGUCGACAAGAGAUCUUCAGAAUCCACCCAAAUGGGUGUCCCGGCCAUCAGCCCGACUAAGGAUGCUGUAGAGGGCCUAAUGAACAUUGGUCCAUCCAUGCUUGUCCGAGGCAACAUGCCACAGAGCUUUUCACAUACCCAUGGCAACUCAUCUCCACUGCUAGACAAGAUUAAGACAGAGAUGAUGCAGGUGGAUGAGGAGUUCCAAAAUGAAGGAAGCUUUCCCAGAAACACGGAAGGGGGCAGUGAAUCUAGGCAGCACCGGGACACCCCUGGAACCCCUAGCAGAGGCAGUGUCAUCACCAGCGCCCGUGAGCUCCAUUCAGCCGACGGUUCAUCGGAUUCUCAAGUAGACAAUGGCCACGCAGGCCUGGUGAACAUGGCCAGUCUGGCCGAUAGACAUUUUGCAUCGUUUUGCUCUAUACCGUCCAACCAUAAAAACGAAGGCAUGCUGCCGUUGCCCGUGUCCAUGGCCUCGUCGUUGCAUAUGCCGUCCUCCCUGGCCAUGUCGAUGGAUUUCAGUGCUUAUGGGGGGCUCUUCCAUCAGAGUUUGAUUCAGAGGGAGUUCUUGAGCAAGUUUGGGGAUUUUACCGCAAACGUGAAGCACGAAGCCCAGAACCAGAAAGAGCGAUGUGAGGUGUGUGAUAUGGAGCUGCCUGAUAAUGAAGCUGCCGAACAACACAGAAAGUUGCAUGGUGGAGUCAAGACCUUUGGAUGCGAGUUCUGCGGAAAGCAGUUUCUGGAUAGUUUGCGACUGAGGAUGCAUAUGCUCUCUCAUUCAGCUGGACCAAAAGCACUAGUAUGUGAUCAAUGCGGAGCUCAGUUUUCGAAGGAAGAUGCCCUGGAAGCCCAUCGGCAAACACACACAGGUUCAGAUAUGGCCGUGUUUUGUCUUCUGUGUGGGAAGCGCUUCCAGACCCAGAAGGCUUUGCAGCAGCACAUGGAGAUUCAUGCGGGUAUGCGGAGCUACGUCUGCAGCGAGUGUGACCGUACCUUCCCGAGCCACACGGCGCUCAAACGCCAUCUCCGCUCGCACACCGGUGAUCAUCCAUUCGAGUGCGAGUUUUGCGGAAGCUGUUUCCGUGACGACAGCACGCUGAAGGGUCACAAGCGCAUCCACACCGGAGAGAAGCCUUAUGAAUGUAACGGCUGUGGCAAGAAGUUUAGCCUCAAACACCAGUUGGAGACGCACUACCGUGUCCACACAGGUGAGAAGCCGUUUGAGUGCAAGCUGUGCCACCAGCGCUCGCGGGACUAUUCGGCCAUGAUCAAGCACCUGCGCACCCACAACGGCGCGUCCCCCUACCAGUGCACCAUCUGCCAGGAGUACUGCCCCAGCCUCUCAUCCAUGCAGAAGCACAUGAAAGGUCACAAGCCUGAGGACGUCCCACCUGACUGGAGGAUAGAGAAGACGUACCUGUACCUGUGCUACGUGUGAGACGGGUCGCAUUUUCAGGGACAAUUCACCUGAAGGUUUACUACUGGGCCAGGCCAAAGAAGGGGCGUGGUCAAAGUGAUGAAUGCGUAGUGUGGAUUUUUUUCGGAUAUUUUGUUGGUGUUUGCAUUGACAUGCAUUCGUGCACAUAUAUUUUUAGGAUGUAACUGCGUAACUGCACUCACAAACGUUUUAUGAGUGGAAAUGUGAUAUGUUGAAUGCCGUGAUGUGAAUUUUCAGAAAGAAUUAGUACGGUCCACUGUUAUGUAUUCUUGUUCCCGUCGAAUCUGUUGGUCUGCAUUCCACCUUGUUGAUAUGAGAAAUUCAUAGUAUUAUUAGACUUGUGUUGUAUUGCCAUUAAGAUUCCCUGCACUUCCGCUUUUUUAACAAAUUUAAUUUUGAAAAAUUAAUAUCGAGUCAAAUACGUACAUGGACCAAAGCUUAAAUUGAACACAAAUAUGAUGAAAUAGAAAAAAUGAACACAUUGGUGGAUGAAAUUAUGGCCUUUUUU